AUGGGCGCCCUCCCCUGGGGAUACGUCGUCCUGUUUCUGCGCCGGGGCAUAGACAUCCGCGAGUACGGCAGCGGUCGCACCGGCAUGUCCAACGCCCUCCGCACCGCCGGCAUGAAGCUGGCGGGCGUUGUCCUGCUACUGGACUUGGUUAAGGGCAUGGGAGCCGUAUUUCUGGCCCGGGCCCUUAUCGGCGACCCCACCUCCGAGGUGGCGGCCGGCCUCAUGGCCCUGGUAGGCCACAACUGGCCGGUGUUCCUUAGCUUCCGGGGCGGACGCGGCAUUGCGCCGGGGUUGGGCAGCCUGGCCGUGAUGUCGCCGCUGUCCGCCAUCUGCGGUGUUGUCGUCUUCCUGCCCAUCUGCCUUAUCACUCGCUACCUGUCCCUGGGCUCCAUCCUGGGAGUCCUUUCGGCCUGCGUCGUACUGGUGGCCCUGAUACUGCUGGAGUUUAAUCUUUGGGGUUUCAGUUCCAACCUGUACCUCAUUUACGCCCUUCUCGGAGGAGGGGUUAUCAUCUGGCAGCACAAGGACAACAUCCAGCGACUGCUAAACGGCACCGAGCGGCGCAUCGGCAAUCCGGCAGCCCGGAUUGAGUAG